CUCUACAACAACAACAACCAGCACACACCUUGUUAGUAGCAUUUCUUGCACUCACAUUCAAUAACGCUUUGACACGGGCAUUGUUGUCUUUUUGUUAUUGACUGAAAACGUGGGAGAGUGCGAUUACCGUAAGAAAAAGAAAUCGUGUACUGUGUUGGCCUGUUGAUGAUGUUGUGCGUUGGCGAUGUUGUUGAAAUACUGUAUUUCGUUGCCGACAGAUGAAGCCGCUCUGCUUUUUUGGUGAUUGAUUCUGAUGUCGAUUUUCUUCGUCUCGUCUCGUUGCGUUGCGUGCAUCAUUCACAAGAGUGUUUUUGGAUUCCGGCAUUGCCACGGCAGCGAAUAGUUUGAACCAAACAACAAACAACAAACAGCAAACAACAAACACAACACACCAUGAGCGACAGCGAGGACGAGAUGGUCGCCGUGGACGUCGAGGUCGACGAAUCCGACCAGAGCGACAACGAGCACGGAGACGACGAAGAGCUCGUGGUGGUGGCCGAGGCCGUAGAGGUCGAGGCGGUCGAGGAGGAAGACGACGACGAAAACGUGGCCCUGGUCGUGGAGGAGGAGGAAGACGACGACAACGACAACGACAACGACAACGACAACGACAACGAUGAGGAGGACGAGGUCGUGGAAGCGGAUGCAGACACGGACGCGCAGCCCCAGGUAGUCGCGGAGGACGCCGAGGUCGAAGUCGAGGUCGAAGUCGAGGCCGAGGCCGUGGCGGUUGCCGUAGAAGAGGAAGAAGAAGAGGAGGAACUCGAGGUCGACGUCGACGUCGACGUCGCCGUUGCCGAGCCGCCCCCGAAAAAGGCCAAGGCCAACGACGGCAAGGCAAGGGCCCGGGCGAAGCCCACGCCAAAGCGAAAGGCGGCCACCUCCAAGCCGGCCGAAAAGGCGCCGGCGGCCAAAAAGAAGCGGGCCCCGGCGUCCAAGAAAUCCCCGGCCCCGUCCAAGGGAGGGAAAUCCAAAAAGGGCGGAAAGGCCAAGUCCUCUUCCUCGUCCUCCUCUUCUACCACCGACGUGCAGUUUCUCCGCAUCGACUCGAGGCGGAUGACCGCCGCCAAUGCGGCCCGGGAACACCUCUACGAAACAGUCCAGAAGAUGCCCUUUCCGGUCUCCACGCACCCCGGCGAUACCUUUUCCGUGAGGAGCUUUGGGCAGCUCAAGAUGCCCGUCAAGGGCGGGGCCAAGGGAAGCAGCAGCAGCAGCGGGAGCGGCGGGAGCGCCUCGGACCCCUUUUGCACGCCCACGGCGCUGUACCCGAUCGGCUUUUCCUGCGAUCGGGUCGAGUUUUCCCCGAGCCACGGCCGCUUUCUGAAGCUCCGCUGCGCCAUCCUGGACGGGACCCGGGUGGGCACCGACGGCCCCCUCUUCCGGAUCAUGUGGGGCCAGGGCAUCGACGAGGACCGGGACAAGAUCGAGUACCCCUACGACCCCUUUAGCAACUCGGCACCGAUCACGGGCGGCGGAAGGGACGAACGGGAGGACGAGGACGCCGACGACGUCGUGGUGGCCAUCCCCACCUCGGCGGGCUACCAGCCCCCGUCGACGCAGCUGGCACCGGGGGUUGGGAUGCGUGUCAAAACCCGCUUCGACAAGGACAAGUUCUACUACGGAACCAUCACGGCCGUGACGGAAAAGGAAAAGAAGCCGACCGGCGACAAGAAAAAGACCAACCUCGAGAUCUCCAUCAGCUACGACGACGGGUCCUCCGAGGUCUCCGUCUUUCCGGACCCCGACAUCAACCUCGUCAUGCCGGGUAAGUAUUCUGCUAGGUUUUUUCGCCGAUUGGUGUGGACGGAGGGCUGUUUCGGCUCCAAACCAAUGGUACAGCGGAUCUCACACCCGUCUCCCUCCCUCUUCUCUUUUCACACCCAAAUUCCAAAACAGGCAACGACGACGAAGUCGACGAAAACGGGAGCUACAACCUCACGGAGCUGAACGGCAAGCCGGUCCGCACGGUCAUUGGGAAAAACCCGAUGGAAGCCUGGAGCAUGGCCCUCACCGAUCUUGGCCUCAUCGACGAAGAGAUCGCCACCCGCGCCAGGAAAGCACUCGACGAGAGCACAAAGGAGAAGGCCGCCGCCGAAGCGAGAGGGAAAAGCAAAAAGGGAAAAGCCGGGGACGACGAGAAGAUGGACCUCUAUCUGCUCAUGGAAGAAUUCGAGAGGGACCAGGAGGACCCGGACAAGCUCGAUUCCGACGCGGAAGACUACACCGAAGAAGAACUGCUCCUCAAGGAGCGGGUCGCCGCUCUGAAAGCGGAGUACGCCCGGGUAGACAGGGAAGACGAGGACGCGGCCACCUCACUUGUCGACGCCCGGGUGGCCCUCAUAGGCCCGAUGGCCAUCAACCCGUUCCCGAACACCGAAACCAGCACCAACAACCAGGCCUCCUUUCUGGCGGUGGCGGUGCGAAAAGAAAAGACCAAAAUGGGGAGCACGGGGAACAAGCGAAAAAUCGUGCUGCCGACCGACCUGCUCGGGAAGAACGACACCUUUGUCAAUCCGGACAUCGAGGUUCUGCUGGAGGGCCUUCCCGGAAGCGAGUACUGCACCGACUAUGUCUAUUUGAAGAGGCGCGGCGAGAAGGAGAAAGAAACCAAGCAGGCCAAGCCCAGCGUGUCCAGCAGCAAAUCGACCACCAAGUCGACCGCCAAGUCGAGCGCCAAGGCGGUGGUCAGCGAGCGUGCCAAGGCGGCCAGGCUCAAGGAGCAACAGAAAAAGGCCGAGCGGGAGCGAGAAGCCGAAAAGGCCAAGCGUCUCAAGCAAAUACGGGAAGCCAAGGCCCGGGAGAAAGAGAUGAUCGAAAGGGAAAUCAAGCGAAAGAAGGCCCAGGACGAGAGAGACGCCAAGAAAAAGCAGAGAAUGGACGAAGAAGAAAAACAGAGAAAGAAACGAGCCGAGGAGCGCAUGACAAAGCUGUCGAUCCAGGUGGACGACAGGCUGAAGAAAGAAGCCUGCUUCCAGCGCGAGAAGGUCAUUCUCAUCAUGGCGAAAAACCUCAGCAAGGAGAUGGCGCGACGAAAGAAGGCGGCGGAGAUCGUCGCGGGCCAGAUCGUGUCGGAAACCAAAUCCCUGCCGCCAAAGCUGCCGGAGUCGCUGCCCGAUCUGCCGCACGCACUUGGCAAGCAGUACGACGAAGACAUUCUGCGGAUAUGGGAUUACCUCAACGUCUUCAAGAAAUUCUUUGUGGACCGCGAUUAUUUCCAGGAACCCCCCUCGGCCGACCGCCUGCAGUCGGCCAUCGACGUCUUGCGCGGUGCUACGGUGAAGGGGGGCCCGAGCAAGGCCGACGCCAUCAAGUUCGUGACGGAGCUUGCGGUGUCCCUGUGCAAGCCCCUUGCGGCGGGUUUGUCGCGGAUGCUCUUUGCCAGCCUCAUCGCACUCAACCCUUCGUUGCAGAAGCAGUUCAAUGCCGCGUUUUGGACGGAAGAGGGGGACGUCAAAAACAGCGAAAACGACGGAGAGCUGAUGACCGCUUUCACGACGGAGGUCAUUCUCCCCGUCAACGAAAUGACGUGGACCGAAAUAGCUCGCCUCGCGUUCUUGAACGAUGCCCUUGGGGAACUGGGCUACUCUCGACAGGAAACAGCCCACAUCAUUCGCGGAUACAGAAGCACCGGCCACCCAAACUCGAAGGAAGCCAAGCGCCUCGGCAAGGUGCAGGACAUGGACAUUGCGCUCUUGAGGCAAAACAUUUCGGACUUUCGCCAAACAGACGACGGCACUUUUUCCAACAAGAUCAUGCGUCUCGCGGUGCCAUCGAAACCACAAAGCGAUCCGUCGGAUUGGGAGUUUUAUCUCCACAACGUGAAAUCACUCAAGUCCAGGGACACUAGCAAAAUAAGGAAGAACCUGAAGAAAGCCUUGGAACUGUUAAAAAAGGGAAAGGACGAAGAUGCAAAGGCACUCUUUGUGAAGCCACUCGAGAAGAGUCUGUCGAAGGUGACUGCGGCAGGCGGAGACAAAGAUUCUUUGGAUGGGAAAAAAGCGAGGGAAUUAGCACUUGGUAUUUUGGACAAGGUUACCGGGGAAGUGUAUUCUCGGAAGGUGAUUGGUUCGAUUGUUGACCGAGAUGUCGGUUCCGAAGGCAUGACUACCAACAGCCUGGAAUCGAUGCUCCAGAGAUCUUGCCAGCGCAGCAGAAUGGGGGAGCUGGCCGAACUGCAAUUCUCUAAGGCUCGCAAGAAGGACCUUGCUCACAUACGGGAAGACUACAUGGAAGAUGCUCUAAAACUAAAGGAAGACAUGAAACGACAAGAGCUGAAAGAAGCAGGAGAAUACGACGACGAUGAUGAUGACGACGACGAUGAUGACGACGACGACGACGACGACGACGACGACGAUGACCAGGACAACGACAACGACAACGGCAACGGCGAGAAAGUCGAAAGCAGUGAAACCAAACCACAAGAAACAGCUGUUCCGAAGGAAGAAGAGAAAGACAAGGGCGAAGAUACAAAGAACGACAAUUCUGUUGCCGAUAACGAGAAAGUGAAAACGGAAUCGGAAGAAGGCGGAACUGUCGAAGGUGGAGAUGACAAAGACGAGAAACCUACGGUCGCUGCAGACACCGUAAAAAGUUCGGCAGACACAACAGAUGCGGAUGCGACAAAGAAUUCUGCAGAGCCCGUGAAGGUGGAAUCUUCUGGGCCGGUUAAGAUUGGUAAAGAAACGGCGCAUGACGACUUUUGUGGCGACAUUCCGGAGGCCCCCGAGCUGAUUCGACGCUGCCUUGCUGUGCUCAGGGGACUGGUAAAUAGUGGUCCCGCCGAACCCUUUCUGCUUCCCGUCGAUCCCCAAACAAAUCCGGGAUACUACGAUGUAUUGGUCCGACCCAUGUGCAUGCGUUCGGCGGGACUGAAAUUGAAAGCGGCCGCGAAGCGGUGCUUGAAACUAGAGGGCGAAGCAUCCGAAGCAUUUGUCGAGUCUACUGUGGCAGAAUUUGGUCGAAACAUCCGCCUCGUUGUAAGCAAUACUCUGUCGUAUGCAAACGCAGGCCCAAUCAUUGUCAGUGCUGGUGCCGAGAUGCUGAGAGUGUUUGAGCGUUUGCUCUUGGACUGGGUUCUCGCCCCAGAAGACAAACUCCCAGCACUUGAUAUGCUCGAUGACGAUCUCUGUGUCGAGCCUCAUCCGUCGGAUGUUGACUCCACCGUGUUGCUUUGUGAUGCAUGCGAAGGUAACUACAAUGUAAUGAGAUUGAAUCCUCCGUUAUACGAUAUCCCUAAAGGCGAUUGGUAUUGCCCACGAUGCCUUAGUGGUCGUUGGUGGGGAGACUUGGACCCACGGAUAGGAAGGAACGUAGUUUUACAAGACAACAAUAGAUCGAUUGCCGGAAAAAUUAAGAAAUGUCGAUACUCCCACCCGGAAACGAAAAAGAGAUCCCUCAUCUACGAUGUUGAUACUUCUGAUGGCGAGACCAAGAGGUACACACUGGACGAAAUUGACGAAGCGCUGAGUAAGACCGAUCAGCCAGUUCCUAGAAUCCGCUGUCUAGAAGCAGUGACGGAGAGUACUGGUUACUCAUCGGGUGUUGAUAAUUACAAACGCAGAGACCUGGUGCCUGUUCUAGUGAAUCCCAAUAUAUCCGAUGGUGCGGCACAGGUGUUUCUUUCCAGCUCUGUGUUUCGCGAAUCGGUUUCGACUGCUGCAACACUGAUGAUCAAUGAUUGCGAAGAACUAACAGCAAGCGAGUGGCUCAGGCUCUUGACACUUUUGAUGAUGCGUUGUUCGUCGAGUGAUCUGUUUCAAACAUUCGCUGGCAAAAUGGAAAACGAGUCAAACGAGCAAAUGGUGAAAGAAAUGAAACUGCUGAAAGAGAAGGACGCGAGCUCAAACCUCUCGACUUUUGAGAAAGCUCUGUUCUCAUUGCCGUUUGAAACAGGUGAUGACGUUGACAGCGAGGAAGUUGACAAGAGUGACGAUGGAGAUACACUUGAAGCCGAAGAAUCUAUGGGUGCGUCACUAUUUGCGAAGGAUGAUGGGGAUGAAGCGAAAGAAAUGGAAGUAGAGGAAGCCAAGGCGGUGGCGGUGCUAUCGUCUAGAGACGCGAAAAACCCUGAACCUACUGUCGUGGUCGGGGAAAAUGCUGUUCAAGUCGUAGCAACCGAAGUCGACGGAGCUCCGGUGAAAACAGAUGUCGCCGUGGUGGAGGCUACUACUCCACUAAGUGAAGAGGAAAUUUUCAAGAAAGCUCGAACAGGCUUUCUGAGGGAGAAGAGCAAGAGACAGAAGGCCAGGGAAGAUAGCAUCGCAGCCUUUUGUAUCAAGAAUCAGUUGAAAUCAACAGUUGCUGCAUUUGAAGAAGAUAGUGUCUCUCAAGCCAUCGAAAAUUCGAUGGCAUCGAAGCUUCCCGGAUUAUCCUUUGGGUCGACAAGGUGCAGGGGAAAGAUCUGUGAGCUAUGUGGACUAACAGAUACUGCCUUGGGAACAAAUUUGGUCCGAAUGCCAAAUCAAAAAGAAUGGGAUGAUUUGAUACAGCAUGCUGCAAGAUCAAGACGUACUCAUCUCCUUGCAGAUCUUCGUGAUGAAGAAAGCUCAGCAACAGCACAGAAAAAUAGCGGAAACAAGAAAUUGAUGAAAAUUACAGUCCGAGUUGGUGAUGACUUGGUUUCUGCCGAGCCAGAUGAAGAUUCUUUUACUGGUGUAAAAGAUGGAGGCAUGUUGGAGUUUUUACCGAGAAAUCCCGAUGGCUUCCAACAAGAGCUGUUAUUCCGUUAUGAAUCUGGUCUGCCGUAUGUUUCGGGUUCAAUGAUCGCCCACGAAUGUUGUGCCGCGGCAGCUCACAAGGCAAGAAAAGAAAAAGUGAUAGAAACUUUCAAAGAGAAAGAAGCAUUCAUCGCCGAAAGAGAAGCUGGUAUUCGGUGCGGUCGUUCUCUCGAGUUGGGCACAGAUAGUGUAGGUAGAUCUUACUGGCACUUUUACGACGAUCUCGAAUCACUUUACGUGUGUGAACCUGUAUCAGACGGAGAUUCGAAAUGGUACAAAUUUUCCGAAACCGAAGCUAUAUGCAGUAUAAUAGUUUCUCUCAGCAAGGAUCCUAUCGUCCAGGAACUAAAAAACGCGUUUCCGAACGCUGUAAAACUUAUUCGUGACAAAGCGUGGGCUGAACUUUUGAUGAAACGGCAUUUUAAACUAACGACUUCAGGUGAUUCUUCAGACAUGGAUGUUGAUUCAAAUGAAUCAGAUCGCAGGAAAAACGACGAGGUUCAUCAUUCAUUUGGUGAUGAGGAGGUAAGUUGAUCAAGAUCGAUUUGUCUGAGACACAUUGACUCCUCUUUUGCGAUCGUUUCUGAUUAAAAACUAACUAUUCUUUUUCAUUCAUAGUUGUACGAGGAGGGAGAAGAUGUCCUUGUUAAAUCCUUUUGUGGGAGCAGACUUUGGAAUGCAAAGGUCAUUGGGGUUUCAGUACGCGCACAAACAAACAAGGCGCGCAUUGUAUCUUAUCGAGUUUCAUACAAGUCAUGGAGCAGUAGGUUUGAUGAAUGGGUAGCCGAAGACCGCGUGGUGGAUCUAAGCGAAAAUAACACAGAGGUGCAAGCUGAAAUGUUAGAGGAUGCAAUUGCUUCUCAUAAUGGACUGCCACCAUCACUUGACGAUUUGGAAGCAAAGUCUUAUCUAAAUUCCAAAGACCGUCUACGAGGAUUUUCGCCCCUCCCACCAUUCGCAGAAAUAAUGGCAACCUCAUCUCAUGCAUCGGCGAACGAGAAAAUAUUUGCAAAAAUGAAGGCUGCUUUGCUCGCUAUUGAAGCGGCGCUCCCGAUCGGUUCCAUAAACAACACAGCCAAAGGACAAUGGCGACCAGAAUUUGCGAGUCAAUGGCGACUAAACACCCUCAAUUCGAAAGGCUCAUGGGAUCUUAUGAGAUGUGUAAUUCUUCUCGAGCAGAAUAUUAAUGACGAAUGGAUUUUGCCCGAUAUUGGUAAUAUAUAUACUGGAUUGCCAUUACCAAUGAAGGCCCUCGAAGAGGCUUCACCAUCAUCUCUUGCCUUGCGAAUCCUCUUGCUCGACAAAUCUCUAAUAUACAGUCGUGUCGAUAAGAAACGAUACAAGCUGUCGAAAUCUAAGAAAUAGGAAAAGGGUUAUGCGAAAACAAACUUAUUAUCAAACA